CGAAAAAGCUGCAAUCUUUGGACUUUUUUACGCGCGCCAUUAUCAGAUUCUCCCCCAAAUUACUUUCAUUUUCCAAUUGAUUCGUAGCUCUCUUUAGUUCAAUUUGUGCCUUCCUUACUGAUCGUCCGUCCGCUACUGUUGUUUCUCCAGGGUACUGGGUUCUAUUUCCCUUCUGUUUUCUGGUGGAGGGUGGACGAAUUUGUGUUUUGGGCUUUUCUAGAACUGCACCAAAUCUUCACCUCCAACUUUUGGUGAUGGCGGACUUGCCUAGCAGAGCAUUGGUGUUGUACGGUGAUGGAUUGGCUAAUUUUGUUGAUUCAUCUCACGUCCAUCUCCACUCGCUUGCAUCUAAAGCUUCUUGUGGCUUCCUGAGCCUCCCUAAUGCCCCUCCAUCAGAAACUGAGGAUGAGAGGAUAGUUAGGGAAUUCGCUUUGCUUAUGGACUCUUGGGAUGCCGCUUACAAGGGCACGAAUAACGCCUCAACUCCAUCCAUUUCAGAUAGGUUCAUGGGAAUGAAGGCUGCCAUAGUUACCAAGAAUCCUUCUUUGAAAUCUUUUGGUGUUAAACUUGGCUUCACUGUACUGCCAUCGGAUGAUGUUUCGUCGGAUUCUAUGGGUUUAGAGUUGAUGAAGCUGCUGGGGUUUCAACAAGGAAAUGUGGUAGACACUAAUCAAUUUGAUCUAGUGUUUGUGCACAUGGGUGCCGGGGAAAGAGAGGGUGGUGAUAAAGACGAUUUUGGUGCCAAGACUGUUGCUUUCAUUGAUUCUCUAGUUGCUGCAAUAAUGAAUGCAGCACAACCUGGUUCAGCAAUUGGCUCGCGUCUACACUUGUCACUUGUGAUGAGCUAUGGAUCCGUUUCGGAGAUCAACAGUGCUGAAACUUUGGUUUUGAUUUCGAAUAAUGAGCUGAAUCCCAAGCUUUUGGGGCUUUUUCCUCGACAGAGUUACACCAUGAGAGGGGAACAACCCCGACCUGAUGUCAGGGCACAACGGCCCAAUGUUAGUUGCUCAAUUGCAAUAUGCUGUGACCCGAAUGGACAAAGCGCAAGUGUUUGCUUUUAAAGAUUUCAAAGAGCAUGGUGGAAACCUCGUAAUACCAGCUGAUCGGUUUCUCCAUGAAGUUGCAUUUAAGCUGUGGAAGGCUCCAAAAUAUGGAGCUUGAUCUGGGCUUCCCCUCCCAAUUCCAGUUGUUAGUCAUAUGACGUCCCCAGUGCCUUUAACAUAGGGAUCUUAGUUUAGAUAUGCUGUACUUUAUUUGGUCAUUUGCUGAUGCAUCCUGUUCUUGUAACCAAUAGCUGCUCACAGAGUUCAAAAUAAGGAAUAUAUGGUGCAAAAUUAUGUGACUUGAACUAACGAAUUUUGUCACCCUCUUCUUCUUCUCCUCCUCCUCCUGUCUUUGCAUAUUUGUUUGAUGAUGAAUGAGUACCAUGUACC